GUUCAAUGUCAACAAAAACAACAACUUUGCUCAUCUAAUUUUUGCAGCAGCCUUGACAACAUUAUUACUGAGGAAAAAUAACCUCAUCACAUACUAUGAGUUAUGUGUGAAGACAUCAAAAAAUCCAAAGCUGUCUUUGAAAGAGAACCCCUCAUAAGAUCAUGAGACCCACAGAGGGAGUGUGACAUGUAAUGACAAUCACAAACAAACUCUCAGAUUUUUGCAAUCCACUCAUAAAAAAUUCCUCAAAAGUAAACUUAAGACCAGGGAGAAAAGUGGCGCAAAAUGUCCCGCACAGGAAGCCUUGGCCUAGACCUGGAGAUCCUGCGCCGCCUCAACCGGGAUCGGUUGGUGCGGGUGUUGGAGGAUGCACCAGGAUCCAAGGACCUGGUGAUCGACAGUGAACUCCUCAAGAUGCUUGACCGCAUCGCAGGGGCCACCUUGCUCAGGAGUCAUGGUGUGGAAAAGAUGCACAAGCUGCAGCGUGUUCCCCCCCCAGUGCAGUGUGGGCAGCGGGUGUACAUCGUGCGUCCGGCUCUUGUCACCGUCAAAUAUAUUGCAGAUCAUGUACAUGAGGAUGCCAGGACCCAUCCCGAUCUGAGAGUCCACGUCGUGGUGGUGCCCCGGAUGACGCCCUGGGUGACAGGGCUGCUGGAGGAGGAGGGCCUCUACGGGACGCUCAACCUGCACGAAUUCACACCGGAGUUCGUGCCUUUGGAUGAAGACCUCCUCUCGCUCGAAAUGACCUCGUUCUUCAGAGACGCGUUCCUGGCGCGGCUACUCCGGGUGCGUGGGGCGCGGGCGCUGAACACGCUGCAGGGGCUGUUCGGCGCCUUCCCCAACGUGGUGGCGCACGGGCGGGCGGCGCGGGCGGUCGUGGGCGCCCUCGACGCCCUCACGGCGCAGGAGUCGCCCAAGAAAGCCCUGCAGCUGCCGGAGAUCGGGCACCUGUUCGUGUUCGACCGCGACGCCGACCUGGUGACGCCCCUGCUGAGCCAGCUGACGUACGAGGGCGCCCUGGACGAGCACUUCGGCAUCCGCGCGGGCGUGGUGGAGCUGCCGAAGGAGGUGGCCGGCCCCGACGCCCCCACCAAGCUGCCCAUCAACGCCAGGGACACCAUCUACGACAACAUCAGGAACAGGCACUUCGCCGGCGUCUCCGGCUACCUCAUCACGAGGGCGCAUGAGGUGAAGGCGAAGCGCGAGCAGGCGCAGACGAUGACGACGGCGCAGAUGAAGGACUUCGUGGCCAACGAGAUCCAGACGCUGCAGCAGCUGCAGCGCUCGCUGUCUCUGCACCUGUCGGCGUGCGAGGCCAUCACGACGCGCACGCGCAAGGACUUCGACUCGCAGCUUGGCAUGGAGCACGGGCUGGUGACGGGCGCGGGCACGGCGGCGGAGGCGCAGACCUUCCUCAAGGACUGCCUGGCCCGCAUGCUGCCCCUGCACGCCAACCUGCGCCUGCUGUGCCUGCUGUCGCUCACGCAGGACGGCCUCUCCAGGGACCGCUACAACACGCUCAGCCAGCGGCUCCUGGCGGCGCACGGCCACCGCCACCUGGUCACGCUGCAGCACCUGCGCCAGAUCGGCCUGCUCGCCGUCAACGAGUCCUUCACGUCCGGCGGCGGCGGCGCACGGGGCGGCGCCAACGGCAGCGGGGGCUCGGGCGGCUCCGGCUCUGGCGGCGUGGCGCCCCUGCAGGACCGGCUGGCGCAGGUGGCGUCGCUGCUGCCCCGCCGCGGCUCGGGCUGGCGCGCCGCCGCCAAGCGCCUCCGCCUGAUCCCCGACGCCGAGCGCAGCAUCGACCUCCACAACCCGACCGACAUGAGCUACGUGUUCAACGGCGCCUACACGCCCGCGGUGCCCAAGGUGGUGGGCGACGUGCUGUCGGGGCGCCUGUCGCCGGCGCAGCUGCAGGACGCCCUCAAGGUGCUGCCGGGGACCACAGUAGUAGGACGGCGGCCCCGGAGGGCCACCGCCCCCCGCGUCGCCCUCGUCGUCCUGUUGGGCGGCAUCACCUUCGCCGAAGUGGCCGCCUUCCGCCUCCUCGCCCUCACCUCCAGCACCAGGAUCGUCCUCGCCGCCACCGCCACCGCCACCGGCACGGACCUCGUCGCCGCCGCCGUCGUCUAGUCCUCGGCGCCUGAGCGGAGGAGGGGCGAGCAGGGGAGAGAGGGAAAGACAGACCAAAGGAAGGAUCGAGGGAGAAGCCAACAAAGCUGAAGGACUCCAGCCGCGUAAAAGUCGCCCUCGAAAGUAAAGAGAAAAUGAAAUGAUUACUUGUCACGCCACCGGGCGUCGUUGGUCUGUAACAUUUAUGCCUUUGUUAAAUUCGGUUCGAACACAUUGUGCCCAUUCACAAUCAUUUUCUUGGGAAUGUCUUGCUCAAUUUAUUGAGAGAGAGAUAGAGAGAUGGACAUAUAGAUGUGUGUGGUGUGUGUGUGUGUGUGUGUGUGCGUGUGCGUGUGUGUGUGUGCAGCAUAUAGAACGCCUCAUGCCCUAGACAUUCCAUUCCACUGCUUACAGCAACUGUAUCAUUACUUUCUAUAAUAAAUCACAUUUGAU